AAUGUCCCCAGGAAGUGGACGGGAAAGGUUUCUUCAUUCGUACUGGACAUUCCAUGAUCUUGUUGUGGCUAUACUGGUUAAUAUAUUUGGUUUAUCGCCUUUGACUGACGCGUUCAACCAAACUGAACAAUAUGGCAUACAUCACAAACAGCCAACACGACGACAUGAAACCGCCAAGGGCUGAGUUAUGAGCAUACCAGUGACUGGUCAUUUAUUUUCCCGAACUUAGUAUCCGUACCAGCGAUAUCACGGACAUCACCGUGACAGUAACCCCACAUAUGGGAGGCCUAACCAAGCCUCAAUCCCAGUGGAGUCCGGAAACGUGUCGGUCGAACCCCAACCCCAGAGGUUUUGUUUUGCACCAAAUUUGAUACCAUCUCACCGCAGUUCAAGUCUAAGGCACACUGACAUGUUUACUGACUCCUGGUCAGCAUAGCACGAUCCUUCGCUUACACUGUGGACACUGGUUCCCUCCACUCCAGCACAGCCACGCUAAGAUGAUAAGGGGUUUCAACGUUGCCCAGCGCGUACUCCGUACGGAAUAGUGCGAGUAGCCCCCCUUCUAACAAAAGAUGCGUUAUAUCUGGGGGGCCGGAGCGAUCGCCG